GCUUAUUGCUGUAAUACACGUCUUUACGUUACUACCUUGAGGCCUGUAUUAGCCAAUACAAAAUAAUGUCUUGGCGAUGCGUGGCUAAGAACACUUAUCUUUGUAGCUACAUUUCAUUUUCUGAAAACCACUUCAUGUAUUUCUAUCCAAUUUAUCGAAACUACAGCACUUUUGCUCGAAAUGGAAAGGGCUGUUUUCACCAUUCUUCUAUAUGGCGUCACCCGAGCGACUCUUUCACAAAUAAGACACGGGCAGUACUAUUCUCAGGAACUUCAGGGUCAAAGUCAACGGAGGAAAAACUACAUUUAAAGAUAUCAAAUUCUCCUAUACGACGUCAGCAGCAGCGUACUGAAACUUUUAAUUGCAAAUCCCACUGCAAUACUGAAAAGCCUAGUGCAAACAGUAACGUUCAUAACACUUUUCAUAUUCCUUCAAACGGACAGUAUGCCAAACCACAAAAAACAAUAGGCCGUUUUAAUCGCGUUGUUGCUGAAAAAGGCCUAAGCUUUGCGGUCUAUCUAUAUAUAUUGGGUGAAUCCUUCACGCUUUUUCUAACGUAUUGUUUACACACCAACCAAUUCUGCAUUGGGGAGGUUGGAGUUUGGCUUAGUGGGAUCGGAUUGAAAGGUGUCGUGGAAUCUUAUCUGGAUAUGGGUCCAGUAGUGUUUAAUACGUAUCACUUAUCUCUGCGGCUUUUUCUGAACUACCUCAUAGUCAACAUUUUUACAUUUUCUCUCUUCUCGUAUGAAGUAGCAUUUUGUAUGCUAACUGCUCCCAUAUUAUCGAAGCUGGUGUUACCUGUCCGUACAUUACUUAAAAAAUGGAAAAAAUCAAAGAAUAGUGCCAUUCCAAAAGCCCCAUCCCCCUUUAGUGGUAGCUAAGAAUGUGCGUACUUGUUUGUGAUUUACUAUUGU